GACAAGUCUUCGAAGAAGACUGAAGACUUGCUGGCAAUGGUGAAGAAGCUGCAGAAAGAGGGAAGCCUGGAGCCGCAGAUCGAGGACCUGAUUAACCGGAUCAGUGAGCUUCAGCAAGGAAAGAAAACCAACCAGGAAGUAGGGGAGGCCCGAGCUCGCCAGGAGGUCUUGUGUGGGGAACUAGACUCCUUGAAUGGAGAGAAAGUGCACCUAGAGGAGGUCUUGAGCAAAAAGCAAGAGGCAGUAAUGAUCCUCCGGCAGCACUGCCAGGAGAGGGAGAAGGAGACUCAGAGGUUGGAGGUGGAAGAGCAGCUGGAGGAUCUGACGGAACAGCACAAGGACCUCUGGGAGUUCCAUAUGCUGGAGCAGCGACUGGCCCAGGAGAUCGGCGCCCUGGAACGCAGCAAGGAGCAGCUGCUGGCAGAGAGGACGAUGUUGUGGGCCAGGCUGCAGGAGGUGGAGCAACGGCUGCACUCGGCACGGGACCUCCAGGGCGCGCCGGCAGAGAAGCAUGGGAUGAAGGCAGAGAUUGAGAAAGUCGGGGAACAAACAGGGAGCGCCCCAGACCCCGGAGUCUGCAGAGAAGAGGCUGGCCGCCAGCUCCCCUGCGCCCACAAGGAGGAGGACCCGGAGCAGCAGCAGGUGGAGCUGACCCUGACGUCCCCCUAGGCCAUUAGCACCCCUUCCAUCCUGUCUCCACCUUUCUUCAAGGCCUGACAGAAAAUAAAG